AAAAUUUCAAAUCAAUAAUCAUAAAUCAAUGGGAAUGGGUAUUAUGAAUGAAGAAUGAACUUAGGCGCGAAAUCGUAAAAUGGGCAUGGGAAGUUAACAUUAAACUAUCAUGCGAUCCUUGACUCUUGAGUACAAAUGUAACAUUCCUAUUAUUUAAUAGAUAGACGAAACGAAUGCUUAGAUGAAUAUUGUAAUUUUAAUAAUUUAACAACCCAACGUUUCAUGAGUGAUGUUUGUGGUUAACUGCAGAUAAACAGCUACUACUGAAUAAUGACAGAAACAAAGGUUUCCCAUUGGUAUUUUGGUGGAUUAGCAUCAGCGGGUGCAGCAUGUGUAACACAUCCGUUAGAUUUACUCAAAGUUCAAAUGCAGACACAGAAGGGGAAAAAUAUAUCUAUGUUUAAGUUAACCACCAUAGUGCUAAAAAACCAAGGAAUAAUGGGACUGUACAAUGGUAUAUCAGCUUCACUUUUACGUCAGAUGACAUAUUCAACAGCAAGAUUUGGUAUUUAUGAAGCUGCAAAACAAAAUUUUGCCCCUAAAGAUGGCAGUAAUAUUCCGUUCUACAUGUCAGCUUUCCUAGCUGGUCUCGGUGGGUUAGCUGGUGGCUUUGUUGGAACUCCAGCGGAUUUAGUCAAUGUCAGGAUGCAAAAUGACGUCAAACUACCUCCAGAACAAAGAAGAAAUUAUAAGAAUGCAAUACAUGGCUUAUAUCGUGUAGUAGCUGAGGAAGGUGUACUACGUCUGUGGGCCGGAUCCUCCAUGGCAUGUAGUCGAGCUGUCCUCAUGACCAUUGGUCAACUAUCUUUCUACGACUCCAUCAAGGAACUGCUCCUAAGCACACCAUAUUUUGAAGAUAAUGUCGGAACGCAUGUGUGUUCGAGUUUGUUUGCUGGCGGCAUCGCAACAACAAUGACCCAGCCAGCCGAUGUUCUGAAAACACGCGCAAUGAACGCCAAACCUGGUGAAUUCAGUGGGAUACUGCAUCUUAUGACGAGCACUGCGAAAGAAGGGCCGCUUGCAUUUUUCAAAGGAUACAUACCAGCAUUUGUUCGUCUGGCCCCGCACACUAUACUUACGUUUGUAUUCUUAGAACAACUCAGAAUCAACUUUGGAUUUACUAAACGUGACAGCAAUUAACAUUAAUUAUGAUCUAACUAUAUUAUGAUCUAACUAUAUUGUGUUUAGAAUGAUGUGAUUAGGAAUGUUUUAGAUAGUGAAUGUUUUUUUAGACUAAUUAUAAUAUUAUUUGGGAUUCCAGAUUAGGAUCGAGAACCUAAGGUUCGAUAUUUCAAUGUACCUAAGUAAUAUCGAUGCGUGAUAUAAUUACGCAAGAUAUUUAGAUGAAAUUAAAUUUAACUUAUACGUGUAGAAAAUAGUUUGCCUGCGCCGUUUUAUGCAGCGUUUAUUCGGUACUUAUUGGUCCAACGGAUUACCCGUUACAGAAAUAUUAUUACAAAGAGCAGGCGAUAUUAUUAUACAGGAGCUGACUGCAAAAUGUCAGCUUAAAUUUUUUUUUAUUAAUUUAAGCACAACAUUUGUCAAGAUUGUCACAGGAUGCGCAAUAAAUUUGUAACAUUCGUAUUGUUUUAAGGGAAAAAAUAUCUAUCUAAGUGCAAAAAUUUCGAGAAUUCGGAUUCACCCCCUACUACCUCAACAAUCUCAAAACAGCCCUUUUGAAUUCUGCUGAUGUGUCAACAAACAGCGUCGUUGAAUGAUUCGGAUACGCGGGAUAUAGUGGAGAAUUAGUUUUAAUUGGUCUGACAGAUAUAGUAAAAUAACAAUUUUUAUUUCUUUACGAUUUUCUAAACAUAAGUCAUUGAUAAUUAAACAAAGAAAUGGCGGCCUUACAAGCAGAUCUGAUUAGGUUAGAACUCGUCAGCCAUGUUCCAUGAUAGUUUUGUUAAGUAUUCGAGUAGGGUUGAUAAAACGGCGCAGGGUCCCCGCCUACAUGGUGAUUUGUGUAAAAUUAGAAAUAAAUACUUAUUAUUGUUGCCAAAAUUACAGUUGCCUCAUGAAGUUACUGACAAAAAAAAUACAAUAGAUUAUUAUAUUUUUGAAAUGAUAAUUUCAAUUUUAUAGCAUUUAUUCUGGUCACAAAAAUAUUAUUUGAUGUUACCACAGUGAUAAUAUGUAAGUUAUUAAUAUUUUAUUAUUGUAAUAUUAAUGUGACGUGGCAUAUAGUUUCGAGUAACAGGGACAGUAGUUAAAAUAUUCUACUUUUCUGUAGAUGCAGAAUGUAGCAAAAUCAUGGUAUUGAAUUUUAUUAGCUGAGUAUAUAGUUAAGUAGAUUGUGGUUUGAAGUAUGGUACAUAUUUUUUAUUUAUUACUUUCGUUUCAAAUUUAAAUCAUAGUGGUUGUUAUGCAGAGAAAAAAUCUAUUUGCCUAUAUUUUCUCUGUAGUUUAUUGUUUAUGACUUAAAUUAUUAUGUAGAUAUUAAUAUUGCGUAUUCAAAUCCACACAAUCUAUCACAAUAUUCACCUGCAAUUGUUAUAUUAUUAUGUGUCUAAAAAGAAAGUAGUAGAAGCUUAACUAAUUUAUACGUCUAGAUAGAUUGUGACAGCUGUGAAGAUGUCGAAAAAAAUUGCGACGAACAUUAACCUCUAUUUUCAGCACACUAAAAACAGAGUGACUGACUAAACCAGAGUGUAUCGCUAGUGUAUGACGUAGCUGUAGUCUGGCCUGAUGUUAUGAGUUGCCUACCAAUACGUGGCUCUUAGUUUUUUUUAUUAAGUUUUGUUGUGGAAAAGAAAUCUUAAAUAUUUGCUGCCCUCUGCAUGGGCCUGCCCUCAACUCUCUAUACCUAAGAAUGAGAUGUAGAUAGUAAUCUAGAGAAGGUGUAUCCCUUACUGUGCCGAAGUUAAGAUUACUUUUAAGAGGUGUAGGAUCCUCAGAGGGUAUAAGGCAGGGCACGAGGCUCUAUCUAGACGUAUAAAUUAUCUAAGACUAGGCUGUAAGUAGUCGUUUAGUAUUCAUGGGAGCGCGGACGGAAACUGUCACGACCUACAACGAUACCAAUGAAAACAUCACGUUUCAUAGGAACCUACAUAAGUCUUUUAACUAAACUUUCGCUGUGAGAUUCUUAUUUUAUUUGUACUGCCACCAUAUCGCACACCAUUGCUGCACACUCAAUAUCCGGAGCGUUGCAAUCUUACUUAUCAUUGAAAUGUAUGUAGGUAUAUCUACUUAGAUAAUUUAUAUUAAUUCUAGCUAGAGCUGCUUGCUGUUUAUCUUAUUAUUUAGAUUUCAAUGUAUUUUAUUAAAAAUGACGAGAUUUUAUUUAAAAAAAAAGAAGAAGCAUUCAUGCCCCCAUCUUCUCGGGUCUGAGGCAUAAAUUUUCAGAAUUGACAUUAUGAUUAUCACAGUUACUACCAAAUUCGCAAAUGUUAUUUAAAACUAUUAUGAUUUACCUAGUCAAUGUAUUAAUGUAGUGAGUAGAAAAAUAAUCUAUCAUUGAAACACAUUCCAGACGUCAACCAAUCAACCAUAAAACAUAGGUAAGUCAUAAAAUAACUUUAAUAUUAACAUAAACUUAACUUUAUUUAGCCUGUGUUGCACCAACUAACUUUAGCAAUAACAAACGUAUGUUAAAGUACCGGUUAAGCAAAAAAUAUGUUGCACCAUUUGAUAAUUUUUAGAUGACGUCAUAACGUUAACUGUUAACAAUCCAAUCUUCGCCGGUUAAAGCUAUUGUUAAUUUAAAAUAGCAACCUGUCAAAAACUUCAAAUUAAUAUUCGAUAUUGACUUGAUAUUUCACUUCUUAACUUUAACUAUGUCAAGGAAUACGAUGUUGCAACCCAUUCCGCAGCCCAUGUUAAAGUUAGCGGUACUGUUAACGUUAAAUUCGACUAAAACCUUAACUAUAACUAAUAUGAUCCAACCCAGACAACACUAGAAAAUGUCGCUAAUAUUGACGUUUGACAUUCAUAUAAAUUAACUUAAACUUUGUAUGCAUUUUGCAACGCCGAAACUAAUAUUGAUAAUAAUAACACAAAUUAAAUUCGUAAAGAAAAUUUAUGAACGAUGCGGAACCCGAACCCGCGACCUCUCACGUUCUGUGCGAGCUCUCUUCCACUGAGCCAACCGUUCGUAAAGUAACAUUCAUAAAUCUUGAUAUGUCUUGUUCAACUCUCAGGUUGUCGCUUCACUUACAAGGAACGCGAGAGGAGCCCGGGUUGCAGUCCCGCAUCGUUUCUAAAUUUUGUUUACUAAUUUAACAAAUUAAUAUUGAUAAUUCAUGUGCAUUUCGAUACCUCAGUUCCAAAUUCUUUGGAACGAAGUGUAACAAGUCUGAAAUUACAGAAGUUUGAAAUAAGUAUGAUGAAUUAUUCCAUAAACAAUAACCCACCAUUACCAAAGAGAACAAAAUCGAUAAUUGAAUGCAGUUUAGUUGAUACUUCUAAUAUUUGUUCAUAAACCUAGAAUAUUUUUGUUUCAAACAGUAAUUACUCUUUGUUUUCUUUAAGAACCCUUUUCUGAAUCCUUACUCUAUGGAACUGAGGUACCUAUCGAUUUGAUUCUCAACGUUAUUAUAAGUAGAGGCACUGUCUCUAUAUAAAAUACAUACCAAUGCAACACAGUGCCAAAGUAAGUGUUUUUUUUAUUUUUGUUAAACUUUAUGAAAGGUGAAAUUGUAUAUUUUUUAUUAUGUUAGAUUAUCAUGUUGACAUUCCUAAUAAACAUGAAAAUUAUUUUAGUUAAAUAUUUAUUAUGAAUUUACGAAAUAAGUGUUUGAAUAGUAAAGUCUAUAUUACAACGAACAACGAUUAACUAAAAUCCUUCGGUGGAUUGGCAAUUCUUUUUUGUUAAAAACUUCGUGAUCAGGCAGGCCUAACUUUCAAAACACAGAUGUCAACCUCAUCUAUAUAUAUAAACAUUUAUUGUUGUUCGUUAAUCUCGCUUAAACUCGAGAACGGCUGGACCGAUUUGGCUAAUUUUGGACUUGAAUUAUUUGUGGAAGUCCAGAGAAGGUUUAAAAGGUGAAUAAAUAGGAAAAUGCUGCUAAAUUAAAUAAAAACAACAAAUUUGUUUUUCCCUUUGAUGUGUCCAUACAUAAUUUCUAUGAGAGAAUUUAUUGACGCAGGGUUUACAGUUCUGCUGUGAAACAAUUUCAUUACGACAACAGGGUGCAUAUUUUACGUAGUAAUUUUUGAUGUUAUGAUAUAUAUUAUAAACAAAUUCAUAUAAAAACAUUAUUUUAUUUAUUAUAUACAGAACAACGUCUGUCGGGUCAGCUAGUCUAUAUAUAUAAACAUUUAUUGCUGUAACGAACAGCAAUAACAAGCAACAGUCUCGCUAAAACUCGAGAACGGCUGGACCGAUUUGGCUAAUUUUGGACUUGAAUUAUUUGUGGAAGUCCAGAGAAAGUUUAAUAGGUGAAUAAAAAUGAAAAUGUUCGGAAUUAAAAAAAAAAAAACAAUUUUGUUUUUCCUUUGAUGUGUCACCCGUCGAUCGUUCAGAAAUUAAAUUGGAAGAAUAGUUUAAAAUGAAUAACUAAUUACAAUCUUUCUAACUUUCUAACUUUCUCAGGAAGUAAAAAGCAAACUUAAUUGUAGCUACCUAUAGUUGGUAGAUUAACUACAGUUGUUAACUAUGAUGGCAAUACAACGUUUGCUGAGUCAGCUAGUAUAUAAUAAAUAAAUGUAAAUACCAGUCUGUAUGAAAAUUUAUUGAAUGAGGCGUUACUUUGCGGAAAUCCAUAAUUAUACAAAUUAUUUAAGUUUUCUUUGGUGUUAAUUCCGCCAAUAUUUGUUUUUAAAAAACAAUUCGACACGUGUUUCGCCUCUAUACGAGGCAUCCUCAGGACGUGUUGUCUCGUGCCAGGUCUCGUGCCAGAUUUUGGCAAAGUAUAUAUUAUAAUUCACAUUUCAUUUCUUCUUUCAUAUUUCCUAAACAUAGAUUAUGGAUUGAUCUCCCCUGCGUCCCAACUAGAUACCGCACUAUCUUAGAACAAUAGUUUUUCUAUCACGACAACUAUCAGAUACCUUACACUUAAUGGCAUCUUUCAAAAAUUGUACCUAACAUACGCUUCGUGUUAUUUUACAUUGAAAUUAUUAAAAUAUGAAAUACUUACUCAUGAUAUGUAAUCCCAGUGCUUUUCUUAUUUCUUGUAGUAUUAUUUUUACAAUGUUUCACUACGCAACCCGACAUUUUAGUUUCAAUUAUUAGCAAAGAUAAACAGAACAUGCGGCACGUCACACAAUGUUCGAGACUGGUUCGAGUACGCCCACUUGGCCGUAGUAUUAUUUGCUACACUUUGCGACUACACCUGCGGUAUCUACUUGAAGUGCAGCGAAGUCCAAUCUUUAAUCUAACACUUGUGUAUAUAUUUAUUGAUUUCGCAUAACAUUUCAUUUCUUAUUUCCUUAAUCUAGUUAAUUUAGUAAAACUGUAGUUAGCUAAUAGGAAUAUAUAAUUUUAAAAAAAUUACGCGUACAAAAAAUUACCAAUAUACCUAUAAAACAAAGUGACGGUAUGUGAAAAUUAUUUUAUCGACACCCAUGCUUUAAAUCCUCUAUUAAAGAUUCUAAAACAGGUCCUAAUAACCAUUACAUCAUCCAAACAAGUGUUGUAAUGAAAUUCAGUAAAUCAUUGUAUCAUCCGUUUUCAUAAAAACACUCCUUUGGAUGAUAUUAUGGUUACUAGGACUGGCUUUUUUAAUGUUCGCAGUCACGGAGCAAUAUUAGCAACCAUUAUACUAGUGUGUGUGCGGUUACGGGGUAUACCAGAUACACAAUUUUUUCUCCCUUAAAUAAUCAUAUAUCCACAAAUACUUUUAUAGUAUUGUUUUAACACUUUUUCACAACGCACGACGGCAUUUUUAAAAUAUUUUUUGCACAUUUUUAAAAUAUUUUAUUGCGACGCUGUCACAGAUGAUGGCAAAUCUUAUAAUGGCGGCCGAACGGCUUGUAUUAGUGUAAGUGUAUGCGUGGGGCUAUGUAUUUACACGUUUACCGGCUUGUUUUGGUGCCUCAUUGUUAUGUAAGGUGACACGGAGUCCUUCUUAUUUUUCGUCCGUGGUUUGCAGUAAGCUAACUUUUCAAAAUCUUUUAAAAGAUUAAUUUUAUGGGUGUAGAUAGUCUUGUAUGCAACUGUUGUAAAUUACAUAUUAAAACCACCACCACAAACCCAAAUUCGUGUUUUAAUACCCACAACACAACAGUUGCAUAAAUAACUAUUACAUUAAUAUAAUUCCGUAAUAUGUAUUACAAAAAUGAAUAACUUGAAAUGUAUACUUCCAGUGUAGAAUUUAUUAUACCAAUGUUACUAUUUAGAUGACUUUUGUUUACAUUUAAUACAGCUUAGCAAUGGUAUCAACUCGAAUAAAAAAUCAAUAUCUAUAUAAAGUCAAUGAUAUAUAAAGAAUAUGAAGACACCUUUAGAUGUUUUUAUUACAUACAUAACAUUUAUUCCCGGUGUAAAAAUACAGCUCCAACAAUUAAUAUUCCAUUUGAAAUACAUUAUAAUAAUAGUAUUAUGUAUGUUGUUAUUUUUGCUAAGUUGUAUACAAAAAGGCGUAAUCGAUUAAAUGGCCUAUAAAUAUUUAUAUUGUACUUGUGUACUAUAGAGUUGAUAUAAUCGGUGGAUGUUGUAUUUAAACUAAUGUAGAGAUUAUUUUGUUUGUGGUUGUGUAUUAAAUAAAACUAUUCAUGUUAGA